AUGUUCGGAAGAAGAAGGCAGAGAAGAAACAGGACGACAUUUACGACGCAACAAUUACAAGAAUUGGAAUCAGUUUUUCAAAAAAAUCAUUAUCCAGAUGUAUUCGUACGUGAAGAAAUAGCAUUAAGAAUAAAUUUAUCGGAAUCUCGUGUACAGGUUUGGUUUCAGAACAGGAGAGCAAAAUGGAGAAAACAAGCACGUUUUCAACUUUUACAAGAUGCCUGGAGAAUGAGAUGUUUGGGUAUCAAUAGUGGACCAUCGGUACUUUUAUCUGUUAAUAACGAAAAUGAAAAUCGUUUUAACGUCGAUGAUGAUAAUUAUCAAUCGAUACAAUCGACAAAAACGGAAUCGAAAUCUCCAGAUCUUCGAUCUUCCAGUCCGGAUAACAAUACUUUGGAUUUAAGUAAUAAGGAUAAAAUUCACGAUAUGUCGUUGCAUAGGAGACACGUCGAUUCUUAA